AUGGUUCUUGCACUUGUCGUGUCUUUCAACUGGGAUAUUAGGCAACUUGAUGUCUCUAAUGCCUUUCUUCAUGGCAUUUUAGAAGAAGAGGUCUAUAUGACACAACCAAAAGACUUUGAAGAUCCGGUGCACCCCCAGUUUGUAUUAUAUGUGGACGAUAUUUUGGUCACGUCUAAUGAUUGGGACUUCAUUACAUCUCUUAUUUCUAAUGUACAAAUGGAGUUUGCCAUGAAGGAUCUUGGUCAGUUGACACCUUAUCGAGCUCCUUGUGUCUCUGGCUCCAAACUAUCCAAGUUUGCUAGAGAACCCCUUCCAGAUCCAUCUGAAUAUAGGCAAACCAUUGGUGCCUUGCAAUAUGUCACUCUCACGCAUCCCGACAUUGCAUACUUAGUAAAUCAGCUCUGUCAACACAUGCAAAAUCCAACCUCUGCUCAUUGGACGGCAGCCAAACUUGUACUACGUUAUUUGAAGAAUACACUCGAUCAUGGCCUCUUCUACAAGCCCGGUUCCUUCUCUAUUAAUGCCUACUGUGAUUUUGAUUGGGCCGGUGAUCCUGAGGAUAAACGAUCAACGUGUGGUUAUGGUGUUUAUGUGGGUUCCAACCUCAUCUCUUGGUCGGCUAAGAAACAACAUGUGGUUUCCAAAUCUAGUACUGAGGCGAAAUACCAUUGCUUAGCUCUUGUUACGGUUGAAGUGUAUUGGCUGCGUAUGCUCUUGUGUGAGCUGAAGGUUUCACUUGAAUCUGCCCCUGUUGUUUGGUGUGACAAUAUCAGUGUUUUAGCUCUUACCUCCAAUCCAAUUUUCCAUGCACGAUCUAAACACAUUGAAGUCGAUGAGAAGGUGGCAAACCGAGACAUAAUUUUACAACACGUGUCCACUUCAUUGCAAUCUGCAGAUUUUUUUACCAAGGGACACAUAGCUGAUCAUUUUUGUUUUCUACAGGACAAACUCUCUGUGUUGGAUCUCCCUACUAGUUUGCAGGGGAAUGAUAAGGAUAAGAACCAUCCAGUUCAAACUGGAUAG